UUGAAUCAAACUUUUCUCCCAAAACUGUGUUCCUCCCCGAAACCAAAUUCUCCAGCUGUGGCGUCCCAGGCGCCCGGCCCUCGCCCGCCGCAGCCCCGCGCGCCUGCCCCGCGCUCUCUGCGCUCCCGGCGCCUCCACCCCGACCCGUGCCCUGAGGAUGCGGGUUUGGCCGCUGCUCGGUCUGCUGUUGGUGCUCGAAGCCUUGGAGGAUGUUGCCAGCCAACAUCCUCCCAAGAACAAGCGUCCAAAGGAGCCGGGAGAGAACAGAAUCAAACCUACCAACAAAAAGGUGAAGCCCAAAAUUCCUAAAACUAAGGACAGGGACUCAGCCGAUUCAACGCCCAAGACGCAGUCCAUAAUGGUGCGAAUGAUGGAUAAAGGUCACUUCCAGACACCGGCUGCCACCCUGAGUCUGACGGCAGGGCAAACUCUACAGCUUCGAUGUAAAGGGAACAAAAUUGGAUGGAGCUACCCUGCGUAUCUUGACACCUUUAAGGACUCCCGCCUCAGUGUGAGGCAGCACGAGCGCCAUGGCCAGCUGACCCUGGUCAACUCCACUGCGGCGGACACGGGCGAAUUCAGCUGCUGGGGUCAGCUCUGCAACGGAUACGUCUGCAGGAGGGACGAGGCCAAAACAGGCUCCACCUACGUCGUCUUCACAGAGAAAGGAGAGCUCUUUGUACCUUCUCCAAGUUACUUUGAUGUUGUCUACCUGCACCCGGACAGACAGGCUGUGGUUCCUUGUCGAGCGACCGUCCUGUCAGCCAAAGUCACGCUCCACAGGGAGUUCCCAGCCAAGGAGAUCCCGGCCAACGGGACGGACAUCCUUUAUGACAUGAAGAGAGGCUUUGUGUAUCUGCAGCCCCGUUCCGACCAGCAAGGGGUGGUCUACUGCAAGGCGGAGGCUGGGGGCACAUCUCAGAUCUCUGUCAAGUACCAACUGCUCUACGUGGAAGUGCCCAGCGGCCCUCCGUCAACGACCAUCCUGGCGUCCUCCAGCAGGGUGGGAGGUGGCGAGGACGUGAGCGUCCUCUGCACUGUCCUUGGGGAGCCUGACGUCGAGGUGGAAUUCCGCUGGGUCUACCCGGGGCAGAAGGAGGAGAGGAUGGUGACAAUUCAAGACACUUGGAGGCUGGUCCACAGAGGACACGGGCACACCACGAGAAUGUCCCAGAGCGUCGUGACGGUGGAAGGCUUCAAGCCUGCUGAUGCAGGGUAUUACAUUUGCACUGCUCAGAACCUUCGAGGAGAGACCACAGUGGCCACCACCGUGGAGCUCUCCUGACAUGGAAAGUGACGUACUGUGAACUGAUGGGAAGCCCGUGAAUGCACACAACCAGCUCUGGGGGUUCUUCUGAUCAGUGCCCAACCCCUGCCUUGUGAGUCAGACCCUGACAUCAAACUGAAAGGAAGUUACCCAGUCUAUUAACUCUCCUGACAGAAAGCAUGUGAUUUUUGAUUGCUUACCUAUGUAUAUGCAUUUCUAGUUUUUAUACUAAAAAAAGCCUAUAUGUAAACAACUUUAUAUAAUCAUUUCUAUUAAACAAGCAGGUUUAUGU